GAAACAUAAUCAAAAAACUUUGUCACAAGCUGGGAGAAACAUUAUAACAGCUUUGGCACAAACAGAUCCUUGAACGAAAAUAGAGCUUGUUUCACAAAGGAAACCAUGGCAUGCUGCACGGGCCCUGCCACAGCAAGCUCAUCCUUUAUCUCCCACACAAGGUUAUGGGUUCCCAGAACGAGGAAGUCACGGGGUCGAGUCUCAGCGUGCAUCCCAGAGCCUGCAUUCGACCCUAACAGCCCUUUUGUAAAAAAAUUAAGUGACGCAAUUGCCUCUAAUCCGGAAGAAGCCCUAAAACAAAGCCGUUCGGAUAAGAGGCCCCCGCUGCUUCACUUGCUCGACACUCCCGAAGUUGACAAGGAGGCACGGCGGAAGAAGAUUGAUAAUUUUAUUGCAAAUAGCCCUUUGUAUUUCCCUGUCACGUCAACCAGAAGGCCGCCCCCGGAUAUGGCAUCGAUUUUUCUCGACCAAUUCAUCGUGUGCAUUGAUUAUCCGUUGGUUUCACUUAUUGCAGAACUCAUCAUAGCACAGUUGCUUUAUUUGCAAAAUAGGGAUCCAUAUCAUCCAAUUUAUCUGUACAUCAACUCGACAGGAACAUCACGAGAGGAUGGUCAGAAGGUUGCCUUUGAAAGUGAUGGUUUUGCCAUUUAUGAUAUAAUGAAUAGUGUCUUCAAUGAGAUUCGAACAGUGGUCAUGGGACAGGCAGUUGGCCAUGCUUGCUUACUGGCUGCUGCAGGAAAGAAGGGAUGGCGUUAUAUAUUUCCUAAUUCCAUAGUUAGGCUUGAAGAACCAUUUGUGUUUGCAAGUGGACAAUUGCCAGAAGUUGAGGUUGCCAUAAGAGCGAAGCAAGCUGUGUGGGAAAGAAAUCGUACUAUGAAACUUUUUUGUAGGCAUACUGGACAGUCCCAGGAGACAAUUUUAAAAUUAAUGCGUGAAAAAAGAACCUUGUGGGCCAAAGAAGCAAUUGAAUUUGGGAUUAUUGACAAGGUUCUUCUUCGUGAUGGUCAGGAUCCUAUGAUGGCAACAUUUACUAAACGCAGGGAUUAUGGUAAGAAAGAUGCCUCUAAGAAAGAUGCCUUUAAGAGGAUAGGAACUUAUGGUGAAGGAGGAAGGGGCUUGGGUUAACACCUCUUUGGAAGUUGGCUGCAACAUAUUCUUGUAUAUUGGAAUAUACAUAUCCAAUUAAGGCUGGGGUUAAAAUUACUGGAUAGAAAGGGUUGCAGGACUCUUCAAUUUAUUUUUUAGGUAUUAAAUGUCUAAUAUUUACACGAGGAGGAUCAUCUAUCAAUCAGAAGCAAUGAAAUAUAAAAAUUUGGGUUUUCAUA